AUGGGAGCUAAGCAGGCCAAGCUUACAAAGAAGGAGCUUGCCGAUCUCAGCGACAAAACUAAAUUUUCGCCGAAAGAGAUCAAACACUGGCAUCAUGGUUUCAUGAAGGACUGUCCAACCGGAAAGUUGUCCAAGGGCGAGUUUUCAAAAAUCUACAAUCAGUUCUUUCCAAAGGGAGAUCCCACUGCUUUCUCACAAUUUGUUUUCAACGUUUUUGACGAUAACGGCGACGGUUCCAUUGAGUUUGAAGAGUUUCUUCAGGCGCUAUCCGUGACAUCACGAGGAAAACUCGAAGAAAAACUGGAAUGGGCUUUCCGACUUUACGAUUUGGACAAUGAUGGAACAAUCACAAGAAAAGAAAUGACGGCGAUCGUAGAGGCGAUUUUCUCAAUGGUUGGCGAGAACGAAAAGAAAGAGAACUGUACUCCAAAGGAACGAGUUGACAAGAUUUUUGAUAAGAUGGACAAGGAUGGAAAUGGAAGCCUUUCAAAGGAAGAAUUCAUGGAAGUUGCAAAAACAGACAAAUCAAUCGUUCAAGCCCUUUCUCUCUACGACGGUAUUGUCUAG